AUGGCCUUAGCUGUCACACUCAAGUGCCUGAACUUUAAUGAGGACAACCGCCUCCAAAAGGAGGGGCGCUACAGCUCUCUGGAGGAGGUGGAAACCCACCGCUUCUCUCCGAAAUGGCUCGCCUUAGAGGGACCUGGGAGUCGUUUGGAAGAUGAGAGCCUGGCCAGAGACCGGGGGCCGCUGUUGCCCGGCCUCCUGCCCUGCGGAAGCCUCAGGAGUCUGCGCCCUAUAAGGGCUGCGCUUCCGGUGGCCGGGCUCUGCUCCAAACUGGUCUGCUACUUCAGUAACUGCCUCCAGUACAGAGAGGGGGCUGCUUGCUUCUUACCCGAGGAUGUGGACCCCAGCCCGUGCACCCACCUCAUCCGUGCCUUUCCUGGCAUGGACAGUCACCAACUUAGCUCCAUAGAGUGGAAUGAGGAGACACUCUACAAAGAAUUCCAUGGCUUGCAGAAGAUGAAUCCCAAGCUGAAGACACUGCUGGCCUUUGGGGGCUGGAGCUUUGGCACUCAGAAGUGGACAGACAUGGUAGCUACAGUCAACAACUGACAGACCUUUGUCGACUCAGCCAUCAGGUUUCUGCACAAAUAUGAUUUCGAUGGCCUUGACCUUGACUGGGAGUACCCAGGAAGCUGAGGGAGCCCCCUCUCAGAUAAGCAGCCCUUCACAGCCCUGGUGCAGGACCUGGUCUGUGCCUUUCAGCAGGAAGCCCAGACCUCAAGGAAAGCAUGCCUCCUGCUGAGCUCAGUGAUUCCAGCAGGACGACACUGCAAAGAAGCUGGACAUGAGGUGGACAAAAUUGCUCUGAGUCUCAGGAACCUGGAUUCCCACAGACUGAGGGCCCAUGACCUCCAUGGCUCUUGGGAGAAGGCUCCAGGGCACGACAGCUCUCUCCGUAAGAGGCGGGGAGAGAGAUGGAUACAUAUCCCUGGUGGCUCAGAUUGUAAAGCAUCUGCAGUUUGGACACUGGACACAGAUGAUUUUGCUGGUUUCUUCUGUAACCAGAGCUGGUAUCCCCUCAUCAAGACAUUGCGGUUGGACUUGAGUCUUCCACAUAUGCCUUUAGACCCCCCAGAGCCUGAUGUUCCUGCACUACGUCAGCCCUCUGAACCUGAGCACGGUUCCAGCCUUGGACAAGAUGCUUCAUGCCAGGGCAAAGCUGAUGGGCUUCACCCCAACCUUCUGGACUGGUCCAGUUACUACAGUUGUAUAGGGGUGGUUGUUCCAGCAAAGCAACCCGAGGAGCCUGUGUUCAGCUCCUCUUGCAAACUCUGCACCUGGAGUUGA